UUUAUCUUUCAUCCGAUAGAUGUCGCUAAAAAAAUCAUCUGUUUUGACAGUUCUCGAUUUUCUAUGUUGAUUAACGAAAAUGAUCUUUUUAUGGUGUUUUUUGAGAUAUCACCGAGAUAUGUGAUGGAAAUGAACGAGAAAAUCAUCGGCGACGACCGAUAAAUUAACCCGGACAAAGAAGAAUCUCAAAAAAUUUAAGAAAAUAACCUCGAAAUAAAAAAGCUUUAACGUGGAAAUGUUCGUUGUGACACCCACAAAGUUUUCACAAUGUCCGGAACCUCAUUUUCUUGCUCAUCAUUAACGAAAGCUGUAAUAAUACUCGUCUUAGUUUUAAUCGCAUUCGAAUUCAUUUACGGCACAAUUCAAACGAACGUCUACGAUUAUUCCGGUUUAAUUUUACAACAGCAGCAACACGAAAACUCCCUCGACAACAAUAGCAAUGAGAACAACGUUAACGAUAGUAGUAAAAACGAUUUUUUAAUCGAAACGAACAAUUUAAAUAAUUUUACUGAAUUUUUUGAGACCAGAACGAAAUUUACUAACAAUUCUAAUUUAAAAAAACCGUAUUGCAAUGAAGAAAACUUACAAAAUUCCGGGAAAGUUCCAAUUGUAAUCGAUAAAGUGCCAAAAAUCUCCGAAUUAGAACGCAAUUUUUAUUGGUUAACAACCGGAGGUCAUUACGCUCCAAAAGAUUGCAUACAAAAUAAAUCACUAGCGUUAAUAAUCCCAUUCCGAUGUCGCGCAGAACACCUAUUAAUCUUCCUCAACCAUAUGCAUCCAUUUUUGAAACGCCAAAAACUCGAUUACACCAUUUUCAUUAUCGAACAAGACGAUGACGGACCGUUUAAUCGGGCUAUGUUGAUGAAUAUCGGGUUUAAAGAGGCGUUGAAACGACGAAAUUACGACUAUUUCAUUUUUCACGAUGUCGAUUUGUUGCCGGAAGAUGAUCGAAAUUUGUACACGUGUCCAAUACAACCCAGGCAUAUGUCCGUCGCGGUGAACACAAUGAAUUACAAAUUGCCGUAUUCGAGGAUUUUUGGUGGAGUAUCGGCGAUUACGCGGGAACACUUCGAGAUUUUGAACGGAUUUUCAAAUUCAUUUUGGGGUUGGGGUGGCGAAGAUGAUGAUAUGUCGAAUAGGAUAGCCUACCAUAAACUCACGAUCAGUAGAUAUCCGGUGACGGUGGCGAGGUAUACAAUGUUGACGCAUAAAAAAGAUAGGGCAAAUCCAAAUAGGUAUAAUACAUUAAAAAUGGGAAAAACCAAAUUUAAAACGGACGGUUUGAAUUCGUUAAAAUACCAAGUCUCAAAUGCGAAGCAGAAAUUGUUAUAUACAUGGAUUUUAGCAUCGUUAAAGAAGUAAAAAGAAGAAAUAUAUUUUUGUUUUCCUUUUAUAUAAUUAAUUUUUUUAAUUUUCCGAUCCAAAAAGAAGGUUGUGAUUGUGAUUAAUUUAUUAAAAUAAGUAAUUAAGUAAGUAGUUAAAAUUAAAAUUGACUAUUUUAAAAAAAAAA